GCGUCACUGAAAACAUUCACCCGUUCACCACAUACACACACCACCAGGAACCCAUUUCACAAUAAACGGAUAAGGCGAAGAAUACUUCUGGUCAACUCAGUUUAUAACGUUUUUCCUCACAUCGCAAUGAAAUGAGGGGAGCAUGGGGGCCAAAGAGUCGAGGAUAGGAUUCCUGUCGUAUGACGAGGCUGUCAAGAGAGUCACUGAUGUGGAAUUGAAGCGGCUGAAAGAUGCCUUCAAGAGAACCAGCGGCCUCACCUAUUACAUGACCCAGCAGUGCUUCUACAGGGAAGUGCUGGGAGAUGGAGUUCCCCAUAAAGUUGCAGAGGUGAUCUACACCUCAUUUGGAGGCUCGUCCAAAGGGCUGCACUUCAACAAUCUGAUUGUGGGUCUGGUGCUUCUGACCAGAGGACGCGAUGAGGAGAAGGCCAAGUACCUCUUCAGCCUGUUUGCCAGUGAUCUGGGCGGCUAUGCUGCAAGGGAAGACAUAGAAGCUGUUCUGCAGGUCCUUGAUGGGGAAGUCCCAGCCUGCCUCAAGAAGUGCUUCACUGAGGGUGACAAAGUUAACUAUGAGCGCUUCAGGAACUGGCUCCUACAGAACAAGGAGGCCUUCACUUUGUCCAGAUGGCUUCUGUCUGGAGGAGUGUGUGUCACGCUCACCGAUGACAGCGACACGCCCACCUUCUACCAGACCUUGGCUGGCGUCACACACUUGGAGGAGUCGGACAUUAUAGACUUGGAGAAGCGCUACUGGCUGCUGAAAGCCCAGUCCAGAACCGGCCGCUUUGACUUGGAAACCUUUGUCCCAUUGGUCUCUCCUCCCAUCCAUGCCUCACUGAGUGAAGGCUUGUUUCAUGCCUUUGAUGAGAAUCGGGACAAUCACAUCGACUUUAAAGAGAUCUCUUGUGGACUCUCUGCAUGCUGCAGGGGGCCAAUCGCUGAGAGGCAGAAAUUUUGCUUCAAAGUCUUUGAUGUGGACCGCGAUGGGGUUCUGUCUCGAGAUGAACUCCAUGAAAUGGUGGUGGCCUUGCUGGAGGUGUGGAAGGACAAUCGCACAGACACACUUCCUGAGCUGCACAGUAGCGUGUCAGACAUAGUGGAGGAUAUCCUGAAGAUGCACGACACGACCAAGCUGGGUCACCUGACCCUGGAGGACUACCAGAUCUGGAGUGUGAAGAGCGCUUUAGCCAAUGAGUUCUUAAACCUGCUUUUCCAGGUCUGCCACAUAGUCCUGGGGCUCAGGCCUGGUACUCCUGGGGAGGAGGGACAAAUCAUCAGGGGCUGGUUAGAGAGGGAGAGCAGACAUGGGCUGCAGCCAGGCCAGAACUGGUUUCUCAUCUCCAUGUUGUGGUGGCAGCAGUGGAAGGACUAUGUUAAAUACGGCAGUCCCUGCUGUUAUCUUCCUGUCCAGGAGCAUAAGGGCAUCGUGGUGGAGCAGCCGUCCAUCCUGAGCUCAUUGCGAACCCCGAUGGCCACAGCCACUGUGGAGCCCACCCCGCCAGACAAACUGGGAGGACUGGGAACCUUCAGCCCAGUCAGCCCCACUGAGGAGAGGUCACCUGAUGCUGUGUCCAGCGCCUCAGAGGCUACAGAGAUUGCAGCCCUGAGCCCCCAGGUAGCUCCCUCUGCCACAGAGAGCUGUUUUGCCCGUCAGCACAAUGUAUCGGACAACAACAAUCAGUGUUUUUCUGGAGCCAACGGCCACCUCCCCUCCCAGCUGGCAGCACAAAGACCUGGAGCCAUCGACAACCAGCCCCUGGUCACCACUGACCUCAUGAAGGCCCCUACGUUAACCAUGGAGGGUGGCAGACUGAAGCGCUCCUUGCAGCUGGCACCUGGUAGAGACUUUGAGACGGUGCCAGAGCCGGUGUGGCGGGCGCUCUACCACUGGUACGGUGCCAACCUCAGCCUGCCGCGUCCGGUUAUCCUGGAGAGCAAGACAGGCCAAGCAGAGCUCGAGCUCUUCCCCCGCUACCUCCUGUUCCUCCGUCAGCAGCCUGCUACACGCUCCCCCCAGUCCAACAUCUGGGUCAAUAUGGGUAUGACCAGCCUGCGAAUGUUCCCGCCAUAUUUGCCCCCACAAAGAGCAGGUAAUGUGCCAUCCCCCAACGCUCCUCUGAAGAGGAUGUUGGCUUACACAGGCUGCUUCAGCCGCAUGGGAACCAUUAAGGACAUCCACCUCUACCUGUCUCAGAGACUACGCAUCAAGGAGGAGGACAUGAGACUGUGGCUCUACAACAGUGAGAACUACCUCACCCUCCUGGACGAUGAAGAUCACACACUGGAAAGCCUGAAGAUCCAGGAUGAGCAGCAAUUAGUGAUUGAAGUCAGGAACAAAGACAUGAGCUGGCCUGAGGAGAUGUCUUUCAUUGCCAACAGUAGUAAGAUGGACAGACACAAAGUUCCUACAGAGAAAGGAGCCACUGGCCUCAGUAACCUUGGAAACACCUGCUUCAUGAACUCCAGUAUCCAGUGUGUGAGCAACACCAAGCCUCUCACAGACUACUUCAUCUCAGGAAGACACCUUUAUGAGCUCAACAGAACCAAUCCUAUCGGGAUGCGAGGUCACAUGGCCAAAUGUUACGGUGACCUGGUGAUGGAGCUUUGGAGCGGGACACAGAAGAACGUGGCUCCGCUCAAGCUCAGGUGGACAAUAGCAAAGUACGCCCCGCGCUUUAAUGGCUUCCAGCAGCAGGACUCCCAGGAGCUGCUAGCCUUCCUGCUGGACGGCCUCCAUGAAGAUCUAAACAGAGUCCACGAGAAACCCUACGUGGAGCUGAAGGACAGCGAUGGCCGGCCUGACUGGGAAGUGGCCUCUGAGGCGUGGGAGAACCACCUGCGUCGGAACCGCUCCAUCGUGGUGGAUCUGUUCCACGGCCAGCUCAAGUCCCAGGUGAAGUGUAAGACCUGCGGACACAUCAGCGCUCGCUUCGACCCUUUCAACUUCCUGUCUCUGCCCCUGCCCAUGGACAGCUCCAUGCAUCUGGAGAUCACUGUCAUUAAACUGGAUGGCUCCACACCUGUGCGCUACGGCCUGAGGCUGAAUAUGGAUGAGAAGUACACGGGGCUGAAGAAACAGCUGAGUGAACUGUGCAGUCUGAAGCCUGAGCAGAUCCUCCUGACUGAGGUCCAUGCCUCCAACAUCAAGAACUUUCCUCAGGACAACCAGAAGGUCCGUCUGUCUGUUAACGGCUUCCUGUGUGCGUUUGAGAUCCCCGUGCCAGGUUCGCCUACAUCACUGAGCUCACCCACACUGACAGACAUCACCCCGAUAGCCAAUGGCUCAGCUGCUAAUGGGAACCUUGGAAACAAGCCUGUCCUCAUCCCCAACGGUGGGCCCAGCAACAUGUUGCUCUGCAGCCCAGAGACUCCCCUGGCCAACGGGGUCGCCAACGGACACAUCACACCGGUGCAGGAGAGCCCCUUCAUUGGAUACAUCAUCGCCAUGCACAGAAAGAUGAUGCGUACGGAGAUGUACUUCCUGUCAUCUCAAAAGAACCGGCCCAGUCUGUUUGGCAUGCCGCUCAUAGUUCCCUGCACUGUGCACACCAGUAAGAAGGAUCUGUACGAUGCCGUGUGGAUCCAAGUGUCCCGACUGGCCAGCCCGCUGCCCCCACAGGAAGCCAGCAACCAUGCCCAGGACUGUGAUGACAGUAUGGGCUACCAGUACCCCUUCACUUUACGGGUCGUGGGUAAGGACGGCAACUCAUGUGCCUGGUGUCCCUGGUACAGGUUCUGUCGAGGCUGUAUGAUAGAGUGUAGUGAGGACAGAGCCUCUGUAGGAAAUGCUUAUAUAGCUGUGGACUGGGACCCUACAGCCCUGCACCUCCGCUACCAGACCUCCCAGGAGAGGAUUGUGGAGGAGCACUGCAGCGUGGAGCAGUCCCGUCGGGCGCAGGCUGAGCCCAUCAGCCUGGACAGCUGCUUGAAGGCCUUCACCAGUGAGGAAGAGCUGGGUGAGGACGAGCUCUACUACUGCUCCAAGUGCAAGACGCACCGGCUGGCCACAAAGAAGCUGGACCUCUGGAGGCUGCCCCCCAUUCUGAUUGUCCACCUGAAGCGCUUCCAGUUUGUGAACGGUCGCUGGAUCAAGUCCCAGAAGAUUGUCAAGUUCCCGCGGGAGAAUUUCGACCCCAGCGCUUUUCUGGCUCCCAGGGACCUGGAGCAGCACUGCCUCCACUCCCGCAGUGAGAGCGAGGAUCUGCUGAGGGUCGGAGAAGACAACCUGUCCUCCAUCUCUGCACCUGCUGGCUUCUACAACCUGCCCAAAGCCUCCCCUGCCUCUGGCAGGAAGUCAGCACCUUCUCUCAGCCGGACCAGUAGCCCCUCCGGCAGCCCAAAGCCCGGCAGCGGUGGCCGCAGGCCAGCCCGACUGCGCCUGCCCCAACUGGGCAGCAGACACCGCCUCUCCAACAGCAAGGAGAACCUGGAUGGAGCUGCUAAUUUCGAGGCUGAGCCACGGGACAGUGCACCACAGGCAGACACAGAGGGGAACACAGCGGGGGCCGUGGCAUCGGACCUUCCUGGAUCAGGAGAGGCGAUCGCGUCAGAGUCAUCGUGCGGUACUGAGGCGUCCAGCAGCCACUGUGACGUGGUCCUGGUGAACGGUGACAGCAACGGGCUGAGCUCAGACUGCAGCACAGAUAUGAGCAUGGACCCUGACCACACACUGCUACAGCACAGAGACAACAUGUGUCUGGACGCCAUCUACAACCUCUAUGCAAUAUCAUGCCAUUCAGGAAUCAUGGGAGGAGGCCACUAUGUGACAUAUGCCAAAAACCCCAACGAGAAAUGGUACUGUUACAAUGACAGCAGCUGUAAGGAAGUGCACUCUGAGGAGAUCGACACCGACUCGGCUUACAUCCUCUUCUACGAACAGCAGGGGGUGAACUACUCCCAGUUCCUGCCAAAGAUCGAAGGCAAGAAGAUGGCCGACACCAGUAGCAUGGAUGAAGACUUUGAGUCCGACUACAAGAAAUACUGUGUCCUCCAGUGACGGCACCUCGUCUUCCAUCAGCCAGCACUACGCCUGCUCUCUGCUCCCUCCCCCCCACCUGCCUGCUGCUCUGAGCAGGAAGCACCAGAUCAUUGAAGAAUUCUCACAAUCUGCUAAUGACUAGAGUCGGACUGUGGUCUCUGUCUUUAGGGAUGCGUCGCAGCACUUUCUACACUUGAUCGCAAACAUGGAUUCGUGCAGAGGUUUGCCAAGACAACAAUGAAGCCCUGUUGAAAGCACUAAACUGGUGCACUUUGCUGAGCCUGAAAAAACAAACCCCCCCCGCCUCCCCUCAUGUGACCAACCCUCACCAUAAUAUACAUGUGACAUAUACUUGCAUACUAACACAUCUCUGAAUGUAUGCCAGUAUGGCUAAGUCAUGAAGUGAUGUUACUUUGAUAUAGUGCUUUUAUCACUUGUGAUGUCAGAAUGAAAAAACAUUUACACCUGGAGCUGUGUGAUCUGAGCCUUGGGUAUCUUACGUGAAAAAGAAAACUCAUGAGGUCACAGAAUGAAUUCCAGGUGUAAAUGCAAGGCCAGUGAUUAGAUCCAGAUUGAGUUUUAAAUGCCAAGAGCCCAAGAGUUAAGGAACCUAUGUUUGUGUCAUAUUUGAACAUCAGCGUGAUGUUGAAAUUUGGUAUCUAGUACAUUGGAUACUGUGACAAGCUUUUUUUUUUUUUUUUUUAAAGGGUUCUCUAAAGGUUUUAUUAGUGAUAGUGUCAUUAGAGAAAACACAAGUCAUAUGCUACCUCAUCGCUUCACGCACUCUGUUGGCCAACUGUACCCUAAAAGUCUGUGACAGUAUUAAUAAUAAGUACAAUGCUUCCUUCCAGUGUAGGAGUCAUGGUACACACAUUUCAGGACCCCCACCCCUGAAACAAAAAUUCACACAGGUCCUGAUAAGCAAUUAGGCUUUUUUGACAAAACUGUGUUUCAUCCCACAGCUGCCAAAUAUCAUUGAUUUGUGCAAGGUUGACCUGUGUGUAUGCAGAACUUCUCUGAAACUCAAAAAGCUUCAGUGUGAGUCUGGGUUUGUUUUGGACAGGUGCCAUGAUUUCAAAAGCGAGACGCUUAAAGGAAUGAGAUACAGCGUUUAGUGCUUCUUUUUUUUUGCAUAAUGCAAAUGGAUUGUUUUAUAAAAGAUUUAUUUUAUUCCUGUGAUGUUUUUUGUUCUCUUAAGGCAGGCUUCAGCCACUUCAGGUCAGGGAUGAAUAUUUAUCUCAAAGCUACAUCUAGAGGGGUGGACCUUACCUUCACAGUGCUCGCAGUUCACUCCCAACAUGCACCCUUCACCUGCUGUAAUUCGCAACUGUUGAGAUUUCAACUCAUCUGUAAUACUAAUCUUCAGAGGCUCUCCAAUAAGAAGCCAGAACAAGUUGGCACAUUGGGGCUCACUUUAUUGUAGUUAAAAUGGCAGAUAAGUUCUUUCAUUGGUCAUUUUAACAUUAUAUUAUUUAAAGAGUACUCCUUGUACUUAGUUGCAGCUGUAACUCAACUCAACUCAAUACUGAUGCCACAGUGUUCUGAAGUACACCUGUACAUCACUGCAGUGAAGUGAAAACUCUGACAGACAAACUGAUUCUCAGUGGUUAAGUUACCCUCAAGGCCACAUCUCAGCGCUGCCAUAAAUGGAGCACUCAAUGCACACUGAGAUGAACUUGAUUCCCACAAUGGCACCCUGCUAAAUAUCUGUGAAAGCUUCAGUAAUACUUUUCGGUUCUCAAAGCUUAAUUCACUGGGCAGAUCCCUCGGGGUCCCAGACUCUCCCAAAAUAAUUUGAUUAAUUGCAAAUUUGUCUGGUAAUAUGCACUAUUAAAGCCUUAAUUUAUACUAAAUCUUAAGGGUCUGUCCUAUUGUGGCCCUGUGUCAAAAGUGCUUUUAGUAUUUCACUUUGUUAUACUUACAUGGUGCAUAUUCCUAAAGAAAUGUUUUCAUUCAUUUACUAUAAACAUCUAAGCACUGUACCCAAUGAGUAGAGGCCCACAGGCCCUUUUUGCAAUGGCUCCCCCUAAUGGGCUAAUCUGGCCCUGAUGGGUCCCAUAGACCCAAUCAUUUCCUAAAAGGAAGUUGGAUGCCAAUGUAAAGUCAUUUCUGGCAAGAAUGAUUUAAUGUGGCACAAAUUAGAGGGGAAAUGAAGACAUUCAAUUAGUAAUUCAUUCUAGUUAAUUGCUUGUCUAAUUUAGCAACAGGCAAGCAUUCAUUUGCAGCUUUAUGGAGAGUAACAUUGCCAAUGUUAAAUUGAUAAUGCAUAAAAAUAUUUUUAAUGUGUAAUUUCAGUUUGGGUUGUUUUUAAGGAUUUUCUGCUAAUCAACAAUUGCUGAAAUGCUCUGUUCCUAAAUUUCAGACCUAUACGAUAUAGUCUGCCCCAUUAACUGAUAUCAGAUGCCCUGUUUGCUGUUCAUUUAUGCUUUGACAGGAACCAAAGCCUGCUGAAUCUCUACUGAGAGCUGCAGUAUGUGUCUGGACUCUAGUCAGACCUGUAAAAGCACCACUACAUCACUGGAACCAACGUUUAGAGUACCAUCUGUCUUCUGUGUGCUUAGUCUAAAUAACGGUUUCAUGCACAUUCUAAGUUCUGGUCCUCGUUUUAUCUGAAGGUUUGGUUCCUUGAUGUGUGUGAUGUUGGUCAGUUUGAAAUGAACAAAGCCAUGUUUGUGUGGAAUCCAGUGGCAGGGCUUUGUGUCUGGUGUAGCAGCACGUGUGGGCUCAGUCUAAUCACUGUGAACAGACAGCAGACGGUCAGCAGCUCCCGACGCCUCCCCGCUUUGUCUUCUAGAUAACAGGAGAGGAAUCUGUGUUCACCCCCCUUUGUUUUUUUUUUUAGCUGCUGUAUUUAUGAGGAAAGGGCGUCGUGGAUGUAUUUGGAGCAAUUUCUGUCACUGAGUGAAACUUUAUUUUCCUUUGCAGAGUACGUUUGUUGAACAAAUGGAAAUGUACAGAUGAGCACUUUUUUUUGCUUUGCUCAGCUCUUUCUUUCCUCCACCCUCCUGCCUUUGCACCGAUCUUUAGACGAUGUCCAGUUUGUGUCCGUGUUUGACAUGUCAUCCCAUGGCUCAAAGGGAAACCUUUCCUAAGGAUUUGUCUCUUUGAGAACCCAGAUAAUGUUUGCUUUAUUUAAAGGUGCAAUAGCGGUCAACUGUCUUUAUUUUUUGUCUGUGAAUGUUCCCUCAAAUGACUUGUGUGUUGCUAAGCAUAAACGUGGUUUAAAAUGUAUUGGCAAAAAUGCAACUUAAAUUUGGGGUUAUUUCAGCACAAUUUAGUUAAUCCAGGAACAAUGACUUUCUGCCCAAAAGAAGUGAAGUUUCAUGCUGAAAUUGGGCAAACACGGGUCCUGUGAACCAAAGGGAUACUAUAUGAUGUUCUCCCCCUCCAAAAGCCCAGCCCACCUGCCCCCAGCCUCCCCCACUCCCAUUAUAAUAGUUCUGAUUGUGGGCAGGUAGUGCUAUCUACUACUGAGCUGUCUGUCAGUUUCCUCUUUUUAUUUAAGUUCAUGUCUGUCGGAUCUGAACCAGAGUUGUUAAUUUAAAGAACUGUUUUUGUAAUGUGUUUGUUGAAAGAAAGUGACAUUGCACUGACAUGAAAACAUGUACAUAAAAAAAUGUGUUUUGUAAAUAAGCCAAUGAAAGCUAUGUAUUUGAAUAUGAACUGUACAAAAUACUGUACUUGUAGUUGUAUAUGGAGUGAUUCUGUUGAUCUGUAACAAAAUAUCCAAGCAACAAAUUAAAUUCUGCAGAGGAAACGACGACA